GUGGUGCACCGCGGGUAUAUAUGUAAUCACUACAAGCAGACUUGCUCAGUAGCAUCGUGUGUGCAGACGGAGACUGGUGUACUUAAAGGGGACACCCUGACAUUUUAGUUGAGGUCCUCACUGAGAAGGCUGCUGAGAAAUUACUGGGAUUUAAGAAAAAGAUCACUUCAACUUGUGAAACAUCGUCAUCUGGCUGUCUUCACGCAAUAAAUCACCACAGGGGGAUUUGUGCAGAAUGGGCAAGAAAACAAUUCACUACUGCUCACAGUGUGGGAAGAGUUUUACCAAACCAAAUCAUCUCAAACAGCACAUGUACAUUCACACAGGAGAGAAACCAUAUUGCUGUUCACAAUGUGGACAGAGUUUUAGACAACUAAGUAACUUAAACAGACAUAAACUUCUUCACUCAGGAGUAAAGUCGUAUCAGUGCUCAGAGUGUGAAAAAAGUUUUGCUUGCAGUUGGAAUCUCAAAAAACAUGAGCGCAUUCACACAGGAGAAAAGCCUUAUUGCUGCUCACACUGUGGGAAGGGUUUUGCCACGCCAUAUAUUCUCAAACAACACAUGUACAUUCACACAGGAAAGAAACCCUAUCAUUGCUCAGAGUGUGGGAAGAGCUUUAUACAGUUGGGUGAUUUAAAAACCCACCAACGCAUUCACACAGGAGAGAAACCAUAUUGCUGUGUACAAUGUGGAUGUAGUUUUAGCCAAAUAAGUAACUUAAACAGACAUACGCUUGUUCAUUCAGGAGUAAAGCCGUAUCAGUGUUCAGAGUGUGAGAAGAGUUUUACACAAUUAAGUAGUUUCAAAAUCCACCAGCGCAUUCACACAGGAGAGAAGCCCUAUCAAUGCUCACAGUGUGGGAAGAGAUUUAUACAAUCAGGUUAUUUACAAACCCACCAACGCAUUCACACAGGAGAGAAGCCAUAUCACUGCUUACACUGUGGGAAGAGUUUUACGAAUUCAAGUAAUUUAAUAAAACACCAGCGCAUUCACACAGGAGAGAAACCAUAUCAGUGCUUACAGUGUGAGAAGAGAUUUACAAAUUUACGUGGUUUGAAAACUCACCAACGCAUUCAUACAGGAGAGAAGCCAUAUAAUUGAAAUGUUGAAGGACAUUUAUGCUGCUACAACUUUAGCUAGCUGUGAUUACAGUAAGCCUAUUCAAUUGUAUGUGUCAGAUGAACAGGGGUUUUCUAAUGACAUUUUAUCUCAGUAAUGGAGUUGCAGCCAAUAAUCUCUCAUGUGUGUAAGAUAGGCUAUGAUGUGAUACUUUCUUUACCAGAGUUGACAAUAAGAGGGACCAGACAGUUAAUCUGUCAGACAGGAAGAUGACCAUUAUGGAUGGUGAGCAACAUGAUUGUUAGAUAACUUCUACUAGCACUGAGUGCAUGGCAGGAUUUGGAAAGCCAACUGCUAGCACACACAGAUAUAACUUUUUUUUUUUUUUUUUUUUUUAAAUGGUCAUCCUUCGUGGCCUAGAGGGAAAUUUGGCUGGUUACACAGUUGUCACCUUGUAAUGAGGUAACAGGUUUUGUUACUGUAUAGCCAAUGAAUCAUGUUCAGUGUAAAUGUUCAGUCACCACUUUGGUUCCACUUGGGCACAGAGGCCUUUAUUUUAUGGAUUGGUUGUUCUGGAUUUGGUUGUUUUUUAUUAUUAUUUUUUUUUACUAUUAUUAUUUUGUUUGUCUGGUUGGCUGGGGCGAGACUUGAACACUCCUGAAUUUCACAGUGGCAUCACAUUUAAGCAAGUUGUGGUGGUUAAACAGGGGGCUGUAAAGACCCGUCUUAGGAAGUUAGCAGAUGCUCUCUAGAUUUGUGUUUUGCUCUGUUUUCCUGACAUUUUUCUUCUGUUAAUACUCUUCACUCAUUAGAUCGCAAAUAUUAUUGAUUCUUUUUACUUGUUUUUCUGUUGUUUAUGGCUGUAAUAAAAUAUUUUUUGAGCUAA